AUGCUUCCGUUCUUGAGUCAAAGCUCACAAAUCAAUGGAACGGAGUUCUCCAUGUUUGUAAGAAACUGGAGCAUGAGUAAGUCAAAACAACUUCCUUUUUUAAUGAUUACUGCUAAUUGCCCAUUACUUAGCUGUACAUUCGUGCACUUCAGGAACGAUGUGUUCGCUUCGGUGCGUUACCACACCCGUGGUAACGCCCAAAUUGACGGACAAAGGGCGACUAUUUCGCCAUCGUUCGAAAAUGGCCGGCCUGUGCACUAUGCACAACGUCCUCUGCUUUUUCCUUGCCGCCGCUCCACCCCUCCACCGCAACAACUGCAACAGCAAGAGCAACAGCAACAACACGAAGGCCAUGAGGUCGACCUCUUCGAGGAUUUUUCACCUUCACCAUCACCACCACCUUCCGCAGUUUCCCCUCCUCCUUCUCUUCCCCCUUCUUCGCGACAACAACAACAACAACAACAACAACAGCUGUCUUCUCUCCAGCAGCAGCAGCACCAUGCCUUCAACGGCAUGAUAAGAAAAAAUCUCCAAGAGAUUGAUGGCAUGGUGCUUGCCUAUCGAGAAGAGAUCGAAAAGCUGCUGGAGAGAAAGCAGCGUUUGGAGGAGCUGCUCCUGGAGUAGUUUUUUUCUUCUUUCUUUU